AUGGCGACGAUGGAGGAGCUGCGCGCCGCAGGCAACGCCUUCUUCAGCGCGAAGGACUUCAAAUCCGCCGUGGACAAGUACACAGAAGGUCUAGAUGCUUCUCCUUCGUCUUCUGACCUCUCUGGUGACGACCUAAAGGCCGUGGAGGCGCAACGCGUGUUGCUUUGGAGCAAUCGCGCCGCCUGUCUCCUGCAGCUCGAGGACUUCGCUGCAGCGGAGAAGGAUUGCACACUGGCGCUGGGUGUGGAGCCAGACAACACCAAGGCGCGAUACCGUAGAGCACAGGCGCACAUGGGUAUGGGAAACAUGACGCAAGCCUUUAAGGAUGUACACCUGGUGCUGCAGCACGCGCCGAGUAAUAAAGCGGCGGCUGCGUUGGCUCGGCAGAUCCAAGAGCGCGUGCGAGAAGACGUCCAUGGUGUGCAAAAGGCAUUGGACAGUAUCGUAGCUGGUGUACAUGGGGAAAAAGGCGAUGCAGACGUGAAGGAGGUGCUUAAGGAGCAGGAGAAGACUGUGGAGGCCUUGCAAUAUCUUGAAAUGAAGAGCGUCUCGGAACUCGCGAGUUUGCCUGAGGAAAUUGCAAAGAGAGAGGGACUGGUUGUGUUAUGGAGAGCAGCUAAAAGGCUUAUGGAGCUGAGCGAGAGUGAGGAGAAGGAGAGGCUGUGGACGAUCUUGUCCCAUGUGGCCUCUUUGCUCUCAAUUUUAGCAUCGGCGUCGAUGGCACUCGCCGGAAGGACGUUUGAAGCGAACAAUGGGGCGCUGAACAGCUUACUAGAGCUGUUACAUAACCAGGUGGCGCUGGAGUACGAAGCGAACGGUGAGGUGCAGAUGCCGAUUAGAGGACGAAAGGCGAUUAUUCGACUCUCCGCGUUCAUCUUCAAGUAUCUGCUGAUCGCGGCCAAGUCCGAUGACGACGCGUGUGUACGUCGCGUGCUUGGUGGGAUGCUGGAUGGUCUACGUAGUCGUGAACGCGUGCUGCAGAUUGCGGCGCUGGACGGACUGCUCCACUUCAUCUCUGUAUUGGGCGAACAGACUUCGAUGGUGGCAAAUGAUGACGACAGUGUGGCGCAGCACUUAAAGGCGCGCUUUGCAACGUUGGCGCAGGAACUGGGGCUGCUCUCGUUGCUGCACACUACAGCAUCCAGUGCAUUGCCAGGGUUUGCAACUACUGCUGAAUCGUCGAGUUCGGAGCUGACGGGCGUGCUGCUGAGUCGUCUUCCUCUAGUAUUCACGCAAUGUCUGGCGCACUUUGAAGGGGACGAUACGAUGCUGAAGAAAAUGGUAAGAGACUGGUGUGUGUCUCCUGUGCUGGUUGCGCGGGCUACGAACCGCACUCAGCUGGCUCAGGGCUCUGCGUCGUGUCUGCUGCUCUCGGCGCUCUUCCUUUCCAACGCGAAGCUUGCGCUGUGGGCUGUGCAACAGACUGGGAAUGACGGUACGGCGUUCCUGACUCGCUUGCAUGAGUUCCUGACUGCUUCGCGAGCUUUCGACGACGUUAAGGCGAACACUCGACAGCUGCAGGAAAUCUGGGUCGACUGUGUGGCUAGUAUCUGUGGUGUGGAGCAUGGACCAGCGUGUGUGCCUCCUGCAUUGAGGAUUGAGAUCUAUCGCAUGUUGCAGGCUUCGUUGGAUGACGAAGAAGACUUGAUGCUUCGUGCCAGUGCUCUGAGUAUUCAAGUGAAGCUCGGGAUUGUGGAGAAGACGCUGGAAUUGCCGUCCGCGGACGGUCAGUUUCUUAUGGACAGCGUAUUUGAAGUACUUGCGAGUGCAGAACCCGUGGAAAGCAAGCGCAGAGAAGAAGAGAAAGCCAAGCAGAGUAAGGAAAGCACGAAGAAGGAAGUACCGCGAUCGCAGCUGUUCUGGAGCGGAGUUUCUCCUAAGGAACGUGGAAUUGAGGCUUUAUCGUACUUAAUCACGUACACCCCGGUCAAGGACGCUUUCGUCAAGCACGCUGGAGCCGUUGCUAGUGUGUUCCGAGUCGAGUUUCCCAGCGCAAGGGACUCAAGUAGUGGAGCGCAGGCUAGCGCUGGCUUCAGGUCGAACGUUUACUAUGGGAUCGGUUAUAUUUUGCAUCACGUCUUGACGUCCGAGGCGGCUAUUAAGCGGAAGCAAAUGGAGGGCAUGGAGAUGACGGCGGAUCAGUAUGAAGAGCUGCAAAAGGCCUUGAAGCAGAAGUCUGCGCUGGACGAUGGCGACACUCCUGAAAGCGUCCAGUGCCGAGUGAUUAAGCUCGCUGCGUCUCGUGAUGUGUUGACUACAUUGGUGCAGCUAUUAAAGCUGUCUGCUACCAAGUCGGAGAACAUUAUGGAGAUGGCUACACUCAGUGCUCUACAUGCGGCCGAAGCGCCGACAGUACGCGGCAAUCUGGUGCAAUGUGGCGUCUUCCAGGCGCUGAUCCCGUUAGCGCUCCAUCACAUCGCUGUAGCCAAGAGCAAAGACGACAAAGCCAAGAAAUCGUCGCAGAUUCAGGGCACCAAGAUCUCAAACGCGGCAGGCCAGGCGAUGGCCAAGAUCUUGAUCAGUACGAACCCCAACUUGAUCCCUUCGUCGUCGUUGUUCUCGUCUAUCCGUCCGCUACUGGAUCUGUGCAAGGGCGAGCAGCAGUUGCUGCAUUUUGAGGCGCUUAUGGCGCUCACAAAUGUCGCCAGCGUGUCAGAGGAGACGAAGGCGCGUAUCGUGGGAGAGCCGCAGGGUCUUUCAACGUUGCAAUACCUGCAGUUCUCGGAGCAUGAGCUCGUUCGUCGUGCUGCCACGGAGGCCAUUUGUAACCUGCUUCCGAACGAAAAAGUGGUCGAGCAGGUCUUCAUGAACGACGAGAAGGUGCGUCUGUGGCUCGCGUUCGCGUCUCUAGAAGACGAAGCGGAAGACUUCGAGACUGCACGAGCUGCUGGCGGUGCGUUGGCGAUGGUGUCGCAGGUGCCGCAGGUUAGUUGGGUGAUCCUGCGUCAAGGUGGAUUCAAGGCCUUCGCUGCCAUCAUCGAAGAAGGCUCCAAUGUCGAGACGCUGCACCGUGCUCUGUUCGCGAUGCAGAACCUGUUUGAGGCUCUAUCCAGUGCGGCUAAGGACGAGGAGAAGGCAGAAGAAGGAACCAAAUUCAUUGAGGAAGUCAAACAGCAUAGUGGGAAAUUGAAGCAGAAGCUGGCAGCUCACAGUGGUAAGGACCAACUUAAGGAAGCAGCUCAGGCUUGCCUCGCAGCCUUGGAGCAGGUGAUCGGGUAG